AUGAAUCUUCCGCACAUGCCAAAACCGCCCCAGCCCAAUCUGCACAUUGUUGCCGGAAGGCACGCAUUCCGCGACCUGCAAAGAUGGGAGGGCUCCAUCGGCGGUCAUGCUAUGCCUUCUCGUCCAUCUGGCACUUUGGAUAGUAUUUCGGCCAGAAAACUGCCGGAAAGCGGCAUGUGUCAGUGCCCGGCAGGAAUCGCCAGCCACCAGGCACACGCUGUCAUGGUUGUCGCAGAGACAGCUUGGUGCGACAGGCCGCAUGGAAUCAACCCUCUCACCGGGGAAGAUUCGGCUAUCAGUCCCCGGGCUUAA